ACCCCCGUGCCAGUGGCGCGUGCGCGGUGGCGGUGCGGGAUGGGGAGCCCGGCGGGCCCUCCCGCCAAGCGCGCGCGGUGCGAGAGGCCCCGCGGCCCCGGCAGCGACCCGCGGCUGUGGGACACGGAGCGGCUCUGCCAGCACCUCUCCCGCUGCGGCGUGGGCGAUCCCAGCCUGCUGCGCCGCUUCCGAGAGAGCGGGAUCACCGGGAGGAUGCUGCUGGACCUGCCGGCCUCCGCCCCCGAGCUCAUCCGUGUCUGCUGCCCAGCUGAGCGACUGGAAGUGCUGGCGUGCCUGACACAGCUGUGGCCGCAGCACAUGGAGGUGAUGAAGGUUUUUAAUGAUCCUAUUCAUGGGCACAUUGAAUUUCAUCCCCUGCUUAUUCAGAUCAUCGACACCCCUCAGUUCCAGCGCCUCCGGUACAUCAAGCAGUUGGGUGGCACGUACUUUGUUUUUCCAGGAGCCUCUCACAACCGCUUUGAACACUCCCUGGGGGUUGGCUACCUUGCAGGAUGUCUGGUUCGUACACUGAAGGAGAGACAACCAGACCUGGAUAUAACCCAGCGAGACAUCCUCUGUGUAGAAAUUGCUGGGCUUUGUCAUGAUUUGGGUCAUGGGCCAUUUUCACACAUGUUUGAUGGAAGAUUUAUUCCACUCACUCGUCCAGAUUUGAAGUGGAAGCAUGAAACUGCUUCUGUUCAAAUGUUUGAGCACUUGAUCACUUCCAAUAAACUAGAAAGAGUCAUGGAGUCGCAUGGUCUUGUUCUGGAGGAAGAUAUGUUGUUCAUCAAGGAACAGAUAGGAGGGCCUAUAGAUGAAACUGCUUGUGUGAAAUCGUGGCCCUACCGUGGUCGACCAAAGGAGAAAAGUUUCCUCUACGAGAUUGUAGCUAAUAAAAAAAAUGGCAUUGAUGUUGACAAGUGGGAUUAUUUUGCAAGGGAUUGCCACCACCUGGGAAUCCCGAAUAAUUUUGACUAUAAGCGAUUGCUUAUCUUCACUCGGGUCUGUGAAGUGGAAAACCAGAAGCACAUCUGUACUCGUGACAAGGAAGUUGGAAAUUUGUAUGAGAUGUUCCACACCCGGAACUGCCUGCACCGGAGAGCAUACCAGCAUAAGACUGGCAACAUCAUUGAAAUAAUGAUAACAGAAGCUUUUCAAAAAGCGGACAAAUUUUUUGAAAUAAGAGGCUCUGGAGGAAAAGUGUAUCGGAUUUCUACAGCAAUGGAGGACAUGGAAGCCUACACUAAACUAACUGACUGUAUCUACCUGGAAAUUCUUAACUCAAGUCAUCCAGAACUGGAAGAGGCACGAGAAAUUUUGCGUAAAAUAGAACGGCGUGAAUUAUACAAGUUUUUAGGAGAGACUCGACCUGAAUCCAAGACAGAAAUUGUAAAGAGUAAUAGCCUGGCAGAAAACAUUGCUAAUUGCAAGCCACAGAAGGACCCUCCAGAUGUGGAGCUAAAGGCUGAGAAUUUCAUAGUUGAUGUUAUCAGCAUGGAUUAUGGAAUGAAGGAACAGAAUCCAAUUGAUAAGGUUCACUUCUAUUGCAAGGCCGAUCCUUCCAAGGCAGUCAAUAUCAGUAAAGAUCAGGUUUCAAAGCUUUUACCCAUAAUAUUUAUGGAGCAGGUUGUCCGGGUUUAUUACAAAAGUCAGGAUCCACGUAUUAUUUCAGCUGCAAAACAGUACUUUGUUCAGUGGUGUAUGGAGAAUGAUUUCACCAAACCACAGGAUGGUGAUGUUGUCGCUCCUCAUCUAACUCCAAUGAAGAAAACCUGGAAUAAUGUGACAGAUGAUGAACAUAGGAGAGCUUCAGAGCCCAGCUGCAAACAAAGGCUUCCUUUUGAUGAGUAACAGGUUUCCUUUUGGCACUAUUCAGUCUGCUUCCUCAGAAGAUGAAUAAAUUUGAGCAUCAACUCUUCUAAAAGCUGGACAGACUGGAAGAAUUCACAGAACAAUGCAGAAUGCAUUUUACAAUACAGAAUGUUUUAAUGUAGAUACUUAAAGUGUAUAUUCCAGGUGGGCUUCUAAAAAACAGCUUAUUACAACAGAGUAAACUAAGUUCUCAUUUAUUUUUGAAUGUAUUGGCACUGUGUAGCAAGAGUAACUUUAAAAAUUGCAAUUAAUUGUUAUUACAGGAUUUUACUAUUCCAUCAAGUCCUGAUCCCUUCCUCAGCUGUGCUAUUGCAUAACUUAGAAAAAAAAAAAUCCCAGCCCAGGUUUGAUGGGGUUUUUUGGAGGCUUGAGGUUUUCUUAGUGUCUAAGGAAGAAAGGGAUAAGUAUGCUUCUGAAAAUACAGUGGGGUAAAGAAGAAAUUACCAAGUGUGGCAUCUUCAAAAUUAGCAAAAUUAAUUUCAUGAAAAAAAAAAAAAAGGAAGGGAGAGGGGAAUCUUUUGAUAAUCACAGACUAUUUUUCUGGUAUUCAAAAAGCUGGUGCAGGCCUCUUGCUACAAGUGACCUCAAUUUUUAUUGAAGUAACAAUGCAUUGCAGUGCCAUGCAGCCUUUUAUUGUUUUAUUGUGUAUUUUUGAUACAUAGAAUAUUAAAUUUUUGGUGUGUGUCCUGCAAAGACUGCUCAAAAGCCCAGUGGUGUGAGUGGUUGCAGGGAGGCCGAGCUGCCCAGGUGUUUGGCAGGCUCAGGUGUGCAGAGAGGGCAGUGCCAGCAGGGUUCUGCCCUGCUCUGCCCAUCCUGCACCAAGUGCACCUUGGCUCUGCUUUGCACUGUAAUGGACAGACAGGCUCAUCAGGAACCCCUCCAUUCUCCUAUCCCCGCCCUGUUCUGGAUCUCAUGGCCAUCCCUGUAUCAUUUUUCUGUCUCUUGCAGAUGUGUGAGGGUUCUUACAAUUUUUCUGUACUGGUGUGAGUGUUCUGAAUGUCUGUGCUGUUGAACAGGUGACUGAGGAAGACCAUUUUCCUCUCAUCUUUUAUUCAGGUCUAAGAGGAAGGCUGCUUUCAUUAAAUAAAACCUCAAAGCUUGAAAAAGUCUGACCACAAAACUA